AUGUCCGACGCCACACCCACCUGCACCGUCCCCAGCUGCCAAAAGCCCGGCACCCUCCGCUGCUCCGGCUGCCACCCCAGCCAGCAGGCCCGCUACUGCUCGUCGACCUGCCAAGCGGCCGACUGGAAGCGCGGCCACCGCCGCACCUGCGCCGGCGCCCAGAAGCACAACUGCUUCCUGAUCCGCGCCCUUCCCAUCACUACCACCGCCACUGACCCAAACCAACCCCCCAAAGACGCACACUACCUCGAACCCUUCCCCCUCCACGCCUACGGCAACUGGGGCAAGGAGCGACAGGAGAUCCAGGCGCGACUGAACUGGGCCGCAGCGCCGGGGGUGGCGACCCCCGGGUGGGAGAACUGUACGGACGACACCCGCCCCGUCAACCCCAUCGUGACGCGGUGCCUGGGUCGAACGGUGCACGGGGACGUUGCGGUGGUGCGGUCGUCGACGAUCGAGGUGAACUACUACGGGGACGCGUUCUCGGCCAAUGAGUUCGUGCGCACCCUGGCGUACCAUCGCACGGCUCCGAGAAUCAACGGUAUGGGCGACCAGCAGCGGAGGGAGAGGGAGCGCAUCGCGGCCAAGUUCGGGCUCCAUGAGAGCUUCUUCCCGCCGGGGUUUCCUUGA